AUGGCGACCUCCACAGAGCAGUAUCGCCAGUACGCACCGCCGCCGUCGAGCUAUCCGGCGCAAGAUUACCAACAGACACAAUAUCAGCCAACUGCCCCGGCCUCACCGCGCAGAACUUCGCAGCACCCGCCUGCACAUAAUCGAACCUUCAGUUUCCAUUCUCAAAAGUCGCAUAAGAGUUCUGGCAGCAAGGACCUACAGGAAACUCACGCCGAGAAGGAAGCGAAGCGUUUACAUAGCAAAGCGGACCCUACCUUGGCUAUAAGCGAAGCAGAGCCAUCUGAGAUCGCCGCCAUGGUCACCGAGUCAAAUUUCGCCCCUCUACGAUCUAUGCAGCACAAAGAUACCUUUGGCAACUCUAUCGAGGAUCCCGAUAAAUCGAACCCGACCCGAAACAGAUGGGAGCGCCCAUUAGACACUAUUCGUAGUUUCGAGGCUGCAAUCGACGGUGGCUAUUCGCGCAAGUCACUCUACCGAACUGAAACGGAUUCACAAGCCAACUGGAAUAGGCGCAAUAGCUCUUACACCACCAACCCGCCUCGAUUCCCCCGCGAGAGUUAUUACAACAAUCGCCCUAUAUCUUUCAAGCCAGACGGCAAUCAACAAGACAUGGCGUCCUCUUCUCGAAGCAAUCACUUUGAUGGUCAAGCGUACAACAACGGUUACGGGACUGGUCCAUCGCGGCAACGGAUGUCUAGAAUGCAGUCAGAGUCACAGUACCAGAACGGCCACGAUCAAAACAUCUAUCCUCUACCCAACAAGGAUCGAUCAUAUGAGACCGUGACUUCUGCUGCAGGUAGCGGUAACUCGGAUCACGCAGGUUACCACACAGACCCUACGAGCAGUGACAACAGCUCAAUCGAUCGGACAAUGCCGGCUAAGCGCCGCGAACCUCUCAACGAGUAUGCGUCAAGCUCAUACCAGCCCCAGCAAUCAUACCAGUCGCGCCCUUACCCAGCUUCUGGUAUGAAUGGCAACGGACAGCCACAAGUGCCACCACCUUCACACGCGCAGCCUACUAUGACACCAGCUCAAGCCCCGGUCCCAGCCCAGAAGCAGAAGAAUACUCUUUUGAGGAGAACAUCAACCCAGCAAUCGGCGCAGCAAACGCAACAGCCCGCCGAAGCUGGUGGGGACAAGCGCAAGAGUUGGUUUUCUCGUAGGUUCAGCAAAAACUCAUGA